AUGAAGCGAAGGAUCAAGGUCCUUUCUGGUGGAUUAGCGGAAGUCGUCUUGAGCGGAGCUUCGAAUGACACUGUCCAAGUGGUACACCAGUCAGUCAAUGAUUUCUUGCGCGCGAAAGGGCUAGCUACCUUAAGUGAUACUAUCGGUGCCAGCAGUCCGGUAUCACAAAGAGAAAACAUCCUCUUAGAAUGUCAGGCAAAUCUCUAUCGUUCUUAUCUUGUUUAUCUGGCCUUACUCCGUGUACGUGGAGAUAUUUCGAGUGAUUCCCAGGCGACGAAAGAGGACCUUAUGCGGAACCACCCAUUAGUUGCUUACGCCACUACCAACCUCUUCAUUCAUGCGGAAAAGGCUGCUCAGUUUCGUGUGCUGAUGCUACGGAACGACCAUGAUAUUCUACAGCAAGUGAUAAGUCAAUGGAUCCAGAUUUACCAGAUUCUUGACCCAUUUAGCCCAAUGUGCCCACGAAGAAGAACCACAAUCAUUCAUAUAGCGGCAGCCGCAAAUCUCGUUGAUAUCAUAGAGCGUGUGUCUUUGAACAGCGAGGACGUGACGAGGGAAGACGAAGGCGGAAAUACACCUUUCCAUUUGGCAUCGCGACACGGUCAUAUAACAGGGGGAAGAAUAUUGCAUAAGAAAGCAGCGGAUUGUGGAGCAAUAAAUAGGGAAGGAAGAACGCCAUUGAUUGAGGCGGCUGGCUUUGGGCAUACGAAAUUUGUCGAAUGGCUCCUGCUCGAAGGUGUGAAGCUUGAAGCAACAAUGGGUAAAGGCGCAAGUGCUCUACAAGAAGCUUCGUUGGGAGGACAUCAGGACGUCGUUGAAAGAUUACUUGGAGCUGGCGCCGAUGUGCACGCUCAGGGUGGUAGAUACGGCAAUGCCCUACAGGCUGCUGUAUACGGGGAAAGCAGUGAGAUCGUGCAGAUGCUCCUCGACGCUGGCGCCGAUGUCAUCGCUCAGGGUGGUGAAUACGGCAACGCCCUACAGGCUGCUGCAGUCCGUAAAAACAGUGAGAUCGUGCAGUUGCUCCUCAACGCUGGCGCCGAUGUCAUCGCUCAGGGUGGUAGAUACGGCAACGCCCUACAGGCUGCUGCUGCAUACGGGAAAAGCAGUGAGAUCGUGCAGAUGCUCCUCGACGCUGGCGCCGAUGUCAACGCUCAGGGUGGUACAUACGGAAACGUCCUACAGGCUGCUGCUGCAUACGGGAAAAGCAGUGAGAUCGUGCAGAUGCUCCUCGACGCUGGCGCCGAUGUCAACGCUCAGGGUGGUAGAUAUGGAUCAUCUCUUUUGGCGGCUGUUUAUCAGGGACAUGCUGAUCAAGUUCAAAUGCUUCUUCACGCUGGCGCAAAUGUGUUGCUUGCAGAUGAACUUGGCCAAACUCCUCUUCAUAUUGCUGCCUCGAAAGAUAGGCUCAACCUUCUCCAUAGGUUUCCGGAGCUCCUCUCCCCUAUUAAUACCCAGGACAAACUUUUACAAACCCCCAUUCAUCUGGCUAUUUGUCUCGGCCAUAUCGAAUUUGCCACAAAUCUCCUCCACCUCGGUGCCAAUCCUUCUCUUUUAGAUGGUUACGGCAGAAAUACCCUAGACUGGGUACUUGGAAACGAAAGCCUGGUGCAACAAAUCCAAAAGCACUACCCUUCAAUUGUUGCGACACCUGAUAAUACCCAAGAGCUUGCUGUUCGUCAAUCCAUCCUUCAAAUCUCAGAUACGCUUCUUCAGUCUCAACUGCACUUCCCAUGGCCACUUUUGCAGCAGUUAGGUCGCUAUCUAUUGUUUGUUAGCGACGCAGACAAUGCCCAAUAUCUAUUUCAGCUGCAUUUGUCUCAGGAGAUUGUCAUUGGCGCCCCCAUGUACAAGACUACGUGUGGCAUAUGUAAAAUCUUUAUCAACGGCUCUCGCUUUGUGUGUAGUAUCUGCGCCCAUAUGGAUCUAUGCUCGUCCUGCGUGCAGAAGUAUCCCUUCCACAGUCGAUUACACCCAAAUCAAGAGCAUAAGACCUUUGAAGUGUCGUAUAUGCUUGAUCGAAAGUCUCCGCUCACUUCGUCAGCACCAGAGAAGUUGAGAGAACUCGUUGAUAAACUUUCUGCGCCGAAUACCCAUAGAAGUGGGAACGGACCAUCGCAUGAUUCCGUGGCUUAUCUGCCAUCCAAAGUCACCGCACCCAAAUCGACAGCUGCAAUUCUAACGGCUCUCCUAGGCCCAAUCUCAAUGUACUGUCUUCUUUCGUUUGGGCUUAUAGCAGUUUCGUUUACAUACUGGUAUACCUUGAUCUAA